GGUACCAGCGGCGCGCGGCUCCGGCUCGGGACGCCUCGGGCUCGGGCUCCGACUGCGGCUGCUGCAGCGGCGCCCGCGCUCCGGUGCGCUCGGCCUCCCGGGCCCGCCGCGGAGCGCAGUUCGAACGCCCGCCGUGCGCCGGCCGGCUCCUCUUCCCGAGCCUGCCGCGAUGGCAGCUGCGCCGGGAACCCCGAGCAGCCUCCGCCGGCUGCCCCUGCUCAGCGUCCUGCUGUUGCCGCUGCUGGGCGGUGCCCAGGCAGCCAUUGUCUUCAUCAAGGAGCCGUCCUCCCAGGAUGCACUGCAGGGGCGCCGGGCGCUGCUCCGCUGUGAGGUCGAGGCUCCAGGCCCGGUACAUGUGUACUGGCUGCUGGACGGGGCCCCCGUCCGGGACACCGAGAGGCGUUUCGCCCAGGGCAGCAGCCUGACCUUUGCCGCCGUGGACCGGCUGCAGGACUCCGGAGCCUUCCAGUGCGUGGCUCGGGACAACGCCACCGGAGAGGAGGCCCACAGUGCCAACGCCUCCUUCAACAUCAAAUGGAUUGAGACUGGUCCUGUGGUCCUGAAGCAUCCAGCGUCAGAAGCUGAGAUCCAGCCACAGACCCAGGUCACGCUGCGUUGUCACAUUGAUGGGCACCCUCGGCCUACCUACCAGUGGUUCCGAGAUGGGAGCCCCCUCUCCGAUGGCCAGAGCAAUCACACAGUCAGCAGCAAGGAGCGAAACCUGACCCUGCGGCCGGCCAGCCCUGAGCACAGUGGCCUCUACUCCUGCUGUGCCCAAAACGCCUUUGGCCAGACCUGCAGCAGCCAGAACUUCACCUUGAGCAUUGCCGACGAGAGCUUUGCCAGGGUAGUGCUGGCACCUCAGGACAUUGUAGUGGCAAGGAACGAGGAGGCCAUGUUCCACUGUCAGUUCUCAGCCCAGCCACCCCCAAGCCUGCAGUGGGUCUUUGAAGAUGAGACUCCUAUCACUAACCGCAGCCGUCCCCCGCACCUCCGCAGAGCCACUGUGUUUGCCAACGGGUCCCUGCUGCUGACCCAGGUCCGGCCGCGCAACGCAGGGGUCUACCGCUGCAUAGGCCACGGGCAGAGGGGCCCUCCCGUUGUCCUUGAGGCCACGCUUCACAUGGCAGAGAUCGAAGACAUGCUGCCAUUUGAGCCACGGGUGUUCACAGCUGGCCGUGAGGAGCGUGUGGCCUGUUUGCCCCCCCAGGGUCUGCCGGAGCCCCGUGUGUGGUGGGAGCAUGCGGGAGCCCGGCUGCCCACCCACGGCAGAGUCUUCCAGGAAGGCCACGAACUGGUGUUUGCUGGUACCGCGGAGAGCGACGCUGGUGUCUACACGUGCCACGCUGCCAACCUGGCCGGUCAGCGGCGACAGGACGUCAACAUCACUGUGGCCACUGUGCCCACGUGGCUGAAGAAGCCCCAAGACAGCCAGCUGGAGGAGGGCAAGCCAGGCUAUUUGCAUUGCCUGACCCAGGCCACACCAAACCCCACAGUCGUCUGGUACAGAAACCAGAUGCUCAUCUCGGAGGACUCACGGUUCGAAGUCUCCAAGAACGGGACCUUGCGUAUCAACAGCGUGGAGGUGUACGAUGGCACGUGGUACCGCUGUGUGAGCAGCACCCCGGCUGGCAGCAUCGAGGCCCAAGCCCGGGUCCAGGUGCUGGAAAAGCUCAAGUUCACACCACCGCCCCGGCCGCAGCAGUGCAUGGAGUUUGACAAGGAGGCCACGGUGCCCUGCUCAGCCACAGGCCGAGAAAAGCCUACUAUUAAGUGGAUUCGGGCAGAUGGCAGCAGCCUCCCAGAGUGGGUGACAGACAACGCCGGGACCCUGCACUUCUCCAAGGUGACCCGUGAUGACGCCGGCAACUACACUUGCAUUGCCUCCAAUGGGCUGCAGGGCCAGAUCCGUGCCCACGUCCAGCUUACCGUGGCAGUUUUCAUCACCUUCAAGGUGGAGCCAGAGCGCACGACUGUGUACCAGGGCCACACAGCCCUGCUGCGGUGUGAGGCCCAGGGGGACCCCAAGCCGCUCAUUCAGUGGAAGGGCAAAGACCGCAUCCUGGACCCCACCAAGCUGGGACCGAGGAUGCACAUCUUCCAGAAUGGCUCCCUGGUGAUCCACGAUGUGGCCCCCGAGGACUCAGGCCGCUACACCUGCAUCGCGGGCAAUAGCUGUAACAUCAAGCACACGGAGGCCCCCCUCUAUGUUGUGGACAAGCCGGUGCUGGAGGAGUCCGAGGGCCCGGGCAGCCCUCCCCCCUACAAGAUGAUCCAGACCAUCGGGCUGUCCGUGGGUGCUGCCGUGGCCUACAUCAUUGCCGUGCUGGGCCUUAUGUUCUACUGCAAGAAGCGCUGCAAGGCCAAGCGCCUGCAGAAGCAGCCUGAGGCCGAGGAGCCAGAGAUGGAGUGUCUCAAUGGCGGGCCUUUGCAGAAUGGGCAGCCGUCCGCAGAGAUCCAAGAGGAAGUGGCCUUGACCAGCUUGGGCUCUGGCCCUGCGGCCACCAACAAACGCCACAGCACGACUGACAAGAUGCACUUCCCGAGGACCAGCCUGCAGCCCAUCACCACACUGGGGAAAAGUGAGUUUGGGGAGGUGUUCCUGGCGAAGGCGCAGGGUUUGGAGGAGGGGGUGGCAGAGACCCUGGUGCUUGUGAAGAGCCUGCAGAGCCGAGACGAACAGCAGCAGCUGGACUUCCGGAGGGAGUUCGAGAUGUUCGGGAAGCUGAACCACGCCAACGUGGUGCGGCUCCUGGGGCUGUGCCGGGAAGCCGAGCCGCAUUACAUGGUGCUGGAGUAUGUGGACCUGGGAGACCUCAAACAGUUCCUGAGGAUUUCGCAGAGCAAGGAUGAAAAGUUGAAGUCACAGCCCCUCAGCACCAAGCAGAAGGUGGCACUGUGCACCCAGGUGGCCCUGGGCAUGGAGCACCUGUCCAACAAUCGCUUUGUGCACAAGGACCUGGCUGCUCGGAACUGCCUGGUCAGCGCUCAGAGACAGGUGAAGGUGUCAGCCCUGGGGCUCAGCAAGGACGUGUACAACAGCGAGUACUACCACUUUCGCCAGGCCUGGGUGCCGCUGCGCUGGAUGUCCCCCGAGGCCAUCCUGGAGGGCGAUUUCUCCACUAAGUCGGAUGUCUGGGCCUUUGGCGUGCUGAUGUGGGAAGUGUUCACCCAUGGAGAGAUGCCCCAUGGUGGGCAGGCAGAUGAUGAAGUGCUGGCAGACUUGCAGGCUGGGAAGGCUAGACUCCCACACCCUGAGGGCUGCCCUCCCAAGCUCUACCGGCUGAUGCAGCGCUGCUGGGCCCUCAGCCCCAAGGACCGGCCCUCCUUCAGCGAGAUCGCCAACGCCCUGGGAGACAACCCUGCAGACGGCAAGCCGUGAGGAAGGAGCCCAGGCAGGCUGUGCCUCAGGAUGGUGUGGGCCGGGGAGGACGUCUUCAGGGGCGCCCACAGCAUGAUGGGCAAGAUCCCUGUCCUCCUUGGCCCCAGGGGCCCUGCCUGGGACCGCAGGCACUAUUCAGGUCUGGGCAGGGCCUGGGCUUUCCUCCUCUUCCUCAUCCUCAGCCCCUGGGCAGGCUGAUUCAGACCCAGACUGAGUAACUAGGGCCUUGAGCUGGGCAGCAUUCUCUGCCACCCCUCCCCCCAUCAGGGACAGUGUGGGUACCUCAGGUAACCCCAGUUUCUGACCUGGGUCUCCUCCCAUUGACCAGGUCCAGUUCUGCCACUCACCUGCCAAGUCGGCCCAGGGAGGGCUAGGCUGGAGAUGAGCUGGGUCUGAGGGGAGUUCCUUAUCAUACUCAAGUUCCUGGAUAGUUCUGGUCCCCGGGGCCCACCUUGGGGUCCGCACCAGGAUUACGGAGGAUGCGUCAGUGAAUCCUCACCCCAUGGACUUGUGCACGCUGACCCAGACCCAUGCCUCCUCCCCACCCUUCUCUCCUUUCCUCAUCCUAAGUGCCUGGCAGAUGAAGGAGUUUUCAGGAGCUUUUGACACUAUAUAACCCGCCCUUUUUGUAUGCACCAUGGGCGGCUUUUGUAUGUACUUGCAGUGUGGGGUGGGGGGCAUGGGAGGGAGGGGU